AUGCGCCAGACCAAUGGCCGUGCGGCUGCACGCUGUGCCCAGGGGCCUGGGCCAGUGCCCUCCGGUACUACUGCUCGAUCACAAGCAGUCAUGCAAGCUGUCACCCCAGGGUAUCUUGUCUGCUCACCACAUGCUCAAGAAAAAUAUAUUAAGAAUUCCACGAAGAGGAGAGCUAAACAAAAACUGAAGCAAGUCUCUACAGUUUUCCACCACUCCUGCCAAGCAGAAUGGUAUUCCCUCAUCCCUAGGCUCAUCGAAUGUCUACUGGCAACUUCUCCUUUGCAACUAAAAGCCAGAUAUUGUAUUUUUUACAAGUCGGAGGCUUGUGAAAACCCUGCAUCAAGCAAGUUGAUCAGCGCCAUUUUUCCAACAGCGUUUGUUCAUUUCAUGUCUCUGUCACAUUUUGGUAAUUCUCGAAAUGUUUCAAGCUUUUUCACUCUUACUGUAUUUGCUAUGGUCACCUAUGAUCUUCGCUGUUACUACUAUUCUCAAUGGAAAAUUAACUUCUUGAACAAGUCCCUGCGAAAAGAUGUAAUGCCGAGCGGCGGUGGCUGCGGAAGCGACUCGGGCUGCGCGGACACGAGCGCCCCGGAGCCCGAGAGGAGCCGGUGGGGCCCGGACGGGAGGAGGAGCCGAGCGCCCGGGCAGCCCGCGGGACUGGCACUUACCGGGCCCCUCAACCCCCAGACUUUGCAACAGCAGCUGGAAGAGGAGGAGGAAGCUGGGGACCGAAACGAGGGAGGGGAUGAACAGCAGGACGCGCCCCCAGGCGAGGAGCCGGAGCCCAGGACCCGCGUCGGGGCGGCGGACGAACUGGUCCUGGACGUGCUGGGGCAGCGGCGCCCAAUCCCCGCCAAGAGACAAGUUUUUUGCUCGGUGUUCUGCGUGGAGAAUGACCUGCCCGAAGCCCCUACCGCGGAGCAGCUCCCACCGCCCGCGUCUUCACCUCGGGCUCCGCCGGUGACGAACGCUCCCAGCACCCCCUCCUCCUUCCCCAGCCCCCGGCUGUCCCUCCCAACAGACCCCCUGUCCCCCGACGGCGGCAGCAUCGAGCUGGAGUUCUACCUGGCGCCCGAGCCGUUCUCCGUGCCCAGCCUGUUGGGAGCUCCACCCUACUCUGACCUGGGUGGGGUAGGGGAUCCCUACGUGCCCCUCAUGGUGCUGAUGUGCCGGGUGUGCCUGGAAGACAAGCCCAUCAAGCCCUUGCCCUGCUGCAAGAAGGCCGUGUGCGAGGAGUGCCUCAAAGUCUACCUGAGCUCCCAGCCGAGCGGCGGUGGCUGCGGAAGCGACUCGGGCUGCGCGGACACGAGCGCCCCGGAGCCCGAGAGGAGCCGGUGGGGCCCGGACGGGAGGAGGAGCCGAGCGCCCGGGCAGCCCGCGGGACUGGCACUUACCGGGCCCCUCAACCCCCAGACUUUGCAACAGCAGCUGGAAGAGGAGGAGGAAGCUGGGGACCGAAACGAGGGAGGGGAUGAACAGCAGGACGCGCCCCCAGGCGAGGAGCCGGAGCCCAGGACCCGCGUCGGGGCGGCGGACGAACUGGUCCUGGACGUGCUGGGGCAGCGGCGCCCAAUCCCCGCCAAGAGACAAGUUUUUUGCUCGGUGUUCUGCGUGGAGAAUGACCUGCCCGAAGCCCCUACCGCGGAGCAGCUCCCACCGCCCGCGUCUUCACCUCGGGCUCCGCCGGUGACGAACGCUCCCAGCACCCCCUCCUCCUUCCCCAGCCCCCGGCUGUCCCUCCCAACAGACCCCCUGUCCCCCGACGGCGGCAGCAUCGAGCUGGAGUUCUACCUGGCGCCCGAGCCGUUCUCCGUGCCCAGCCUGUUGGGAGCUCCACCCUACUCUGACCUGGGUGGGGUAGGGGAUCCCUACGUGCCCCUCAUGGUGCUGAUGUGCCGGGUGUGCCUGGAAGACAAGCCCAUCAAGCCCUUGCCCUGCUGCAAGAAGGCCGUGUGCGAGGAGUGCCUCAAAGUCUACCUGAGCUCCCAGGUACAACUUGGCCAAGUAGAAAUCAAAUGCCCUAUCACAGAAUGUUUUGAAUUCCUGGAAGAAAGAACGAUUGUCUUUAACUUAACCCAUGAAGAUUCCAUCAAAUAUAAGUACUUCUUGGAACUUGGCCGUAUUGAUUCCAGCACCAAGCCAUGUCCUCAGUGCAAGCACUUUACAACCUUCAAGAAAAAAGGACAUAUCCCCACCCCUUCCAGAUCAGAAAGCAAAUACAAAAUCCACAUCCAGAGAACUGAAGGAUGUGACCAUAUGACCUGCUCACAAUGUAACACUAAUUUUUGUUAUCGAUGUGGGGAAAGAUACCGCCAGCUCCGUUUCUUUGGAGACCACACAUCAAACCUCAGUAUAUUUGGCUGCAAAUAUCGCUACCUCCCAGAGAGACCUCAUCUAAGGAGAUUAGUGCGAGGGUCGGUCUGUGCUGGAAAAUUAUUCGUUGCACCUCUAAUCCUGGUCUUGGGAUUAGCACUAGGGGCCAUAGCAGUUGUAAUCGGUUUAUUUGUAUUUCCUAUCUAUUGCCUUUGUAAAAAACAGAGAAAGCGAUCACGGACAGGAAUGCACUGGUAAAAUGCGGAUGGUUUCGUGGAACGAAGCUGGUGCGGGUAGGAGCCACACAGAAUGGCACGCUAAACACUGCGUCCCGUCCCAUCCCGUCCCGUCCUGUCCCCCUGUGGUUGUCUGCAGGCCACAACGCCUCUGGCUCUGGUGCAGUCUCUCCAUGGUAUCCUGAUUCCUUUCCUUACACAGUUUGCUGCUUUUAAAAAAAUGGUCACUUUCAUAGACUAUAAAUAUCUGUAUCAUAACUCUGACCUUCUUACUGGUUCUUGGAAGAAAAUAUUUUCAUUAAGAACCAGUUAUCCUCAGAAUUGUCUGAGCAUGCCUCUCCUGAGCGUUGUUUGGAUGGUCUUUGUACCUAACCCUCCUUCCAGGCCCUCUUCUGAGACGUGGGGUGAAUAGCUGAAAUCAUGCCACCUGUACAAACUAGCAAGGCCACUUUGCAGAAGACAAAAGCUCACCAUACGCACCUGUUUUUGUCUGUGGCCUGUGCAGUAUAAUUCCUUCAUCCUUCAGAUGCUAUAAUUGUUAAAAAUCUCAAUGCCCAAAAGGGAACUAGUGAAACAAAAUUAAUGAGAAGAAUCAUGAGUUACUGAAGUGUAUCUGUGCAGGGGUGUGAGCGUAUGUGUAUAUAAGUAUCUGUGUUAAAACUAGGUCCAAUAACCUUGUACUCAUCAAGUUCUAUGCCUCUACACUAUUUUCCAUAUUUUCAUAGACAUAUUUAAAGAUGAUCGUUCCUUUCUGGGCAUAUUUUGGUAAUGGACUGAAUUAAAGUCAAUGUAGACAACAGGCUAUUUUGAUGUUGACCCUUUCUAUUCCUUGCUCUCUCUCUCUGUUUCACACACAUGCACACACACAAGAAAUUUGUGCAAUGUCACUUCGAGGAUCACCAAACUUUAUUAAGUGACGAAACUGAUAGGCUGCUUUUAGGAAAUUCUCAAGACCAGAACGUUCAGUCUUUUCGGAUUUUUUAUAUUUUGGCAUACGUGCUUUACUAAAUGAACAAAUCCUUCAGACAGGAUUAGUUAAUUUAAAAAACAAAUUUGCUGUAGCAAGAACUGCUUAAGCCUUUAAACAAAUCACUGUUCUGCUAAUUUUUUAAUCAACUUGUAAUUAUAGAUAAUUCCGCUUUAGGUCAAGUUGUGAUAGUAUUGGAAACCCCAACCUCUUACCUCUUCUCUCUCUUUCUCGCUUUCUUUUUUAUCUUUUUUAAUCUGUUCCCAAGAUUUUCAUUUUAAAAAAUAGAGUUUUGAAGGGUUUUUCUUAUGUUUACUGCUCAAAUACUCUCAAACGUGUUGAUAUCUUCUUAUGGAUAGGGUAAUUUGUAAACACAGCUUUUUGUGUUCAUGGGUUUAUCUAAAAUAGAAACAACUUUUGGAAAAAUGAAGGAAAUAUCUUCAGGAAGUUUUACCAAACCGAGACGUCUUUAAAAAUAAGAAAAGGACAAGCAACUAAACUAUGUUAUUCCUUUGUUUUCAUCAUGGAAGUUCAUCAGCACAACGGAAGUAAAGACCGCUAAGAAGCCUGAAGUUUCCACUUGACUCCAAAUCCUUAAAAUUAACUAUCUGCAUAGAUGUAGCAUUUAUCUGUCAGCAGCCUUAUCUGAAUGGUAAUAAAUUCUGUGAUAAAACAUGCAUUAACAUGGAUAGUUUGUCUUGUUGGGCUCCGAAAUGGAAAAACAUUUAUCAUUUUUAUCAGACCUAAGAAGUCCAUGAUAGUGAAGGUUACUUGCAUGGAUAAUGAGCUAGCACACUUCCAUUCUUUCUGAAUAACACUCAGGCUAGCUAUACUGCAGUUUCUAGGCUAUUCUACAUUCAGUUAGAGGAGGGUGUGACAUUUAUGAUCCUACAAUGGCCUGUUUCUAAACCUAACACGAUGCAAGGAAAAGUGACGCUCUAAUUUCACAAAUUCAUCUUACCAUUCAUCCAUCCAGCCGACAAAUAUUUUUGAGUGCCUAUUCUAUGUGCUCUAGUAUUAAAACAAGAGAAUGAAAAUUUCUAUCCUAAAUCCAUGUAAUUCUGUCAUUAGAGUGCUUAAUUUUUGUAAAUUCAUUUUUUUCUGGACUUAGGUGUUAGUUCGACCAUAUGUGAAUGCGAUGAAUUCUAAAUCUAGUGGAUAUGCUUAUGUAUGAUGUGUAUGUAUAUGUAUAUGUAAAUAUACAUACACACAUAUCUAAUAUUUCCAUAGCUGCAUAUAAAUACAAAUGCCACAUGCAUAUAUACCAACUGGCUAAAUAAUAUACUCUCUGGUCUUAGAUAAUCUAUUUUCUUAGGUUAUUGCAUAUCUUGUCUUUGAUCUACUCAGGGAUUUUUAUUCCUUCCUUUGAAUAACUUAUCUUUUGGAGAUACUUUUAUAUUAUUUAGAAACGUUCCAAUUUUCCAGUUACAACGUGGUGUCUUUCAUCAGUGAAGACUCUUUCAUCAAUGCUUGAGAUACUGUACACAGUGUUGCACAGGCUUUUCAUUUUUCUGUUGCAUAGAUUUCUUAAAUUAAUGUAUGCAUUUUUCUCUUUCAAAGUUGGUAUAUAUUAGGCCUUUCCCUGAUGGUGACUUAAAGUAAUAAUUUGUGAAUGUUUUUACUAAGUGUCAUCAAGAUCUUAAAAAGAAAGAAGAAAAUAAGAAGGAUUAUUUAUAUGUUAGUGCCAACAAUGAAAGUUAAACAGUAGUAACUUUUGGGAUAAAUUCUAAAAGCUACAUUAGAAAAAGAAGCGUACACAUAAAAUAAGUAUCGUUCUAUCCAAAGCUUGUCAUUUUUUUAUUGUAAAUGUAAUAUAUACUCCUUUUAAAAAAAAUGAAACCAUAUAGAAUUAUAAAAUACAAAUUCAUCUGCUCCACCCCACCCCUUAUUUUCUAGGGGUAACCACUGUUAAUGUUUUGAUAUAUGUCCUUCCAGAAACUUUGUGCAAAUAUACAAGUGUGUUUGUAUAUGUUCGUGUGUAUUAGUUUUAUACAAAUAGAACAGUAAUCUUAAUGUCCUGUGACUAUUUUUCAUUUUAUUACACAUUAGUAGAUGCCUUUCCAUAAGUGUUUAAAUAGAUUUACCUCAUUCUUUUGUAAAUUACUACAUAUUCCAUUAUGGGGCUAUACUUUACUUAAUGAGUCCCUAUUGAAUGGACAUCGAGAUUGUUUUUACUUCUCUAUUACAAAGCAUCAGUGAAGAUCUUUUACAUAUAUUUUUAUCACUUUAUGUACACAUUUCCAUAACUUUCAAAAUUUGUUUUUUAUAAGAUAUUUUAAUAAAAUUUUAACGCUUUUUCAGUGAAUGAGAUCGUAGAGAUGCUAUAUUUGAGACCCUUUUCUUGGCGAAAAAGAAAGACCAUGUAGGAGUUUUAUGUAGGAGUUUUUAAAGAAAAGCAUCUUUUGCAGGAUAAUUUCCCCCCUUGCUUGAUUAGCCAAAUAGAUAUGUGGCCAAAACGUAUAAAGGAAAGUCCAUCUUAUUCCAAUAAAAAAAAAAAUGCAAUGAGAUGUUUCUAAGAUAAUGUGAGACGUCUACAAGAUGUCUGUAAGGGACACUGAUAUUUGGAUUGCCUCAUUUUAAAAUUUGAGGGAUUUAAAGCAAAUAGCUAAACUGAUAAUGUCUGUCACAUUUUUUUAAACACUAUCCAUGUUCAUGCAUGUUGCACCACAAAGGAACUUAAUUAUGCCAUUGUGAAAAAUAGGAAGCAUAUGCUGGAAAUUAUGAAUGACCACAAUUGCCUACAAAAAAUAAAUUUGACUAUUUGUAAGGUUUGGUAGUUUGUUGGAAUGCUCAUAAAUUUGAAAUCACAUGAAACAUUCCUUUUACAACGAAUCCCAGAAGUUCCCUAAGACCUCUAUGUGGAGCUAAGAAGAGGAGAGGGGUCAAACCUUUUGGUACAAGCAACAACCUGUGGCCACCACCUUGAUCUUCUGCUAGGUGCUAUUGAUCCUAAAGGUAGAACAGACAGGAAAACAAUCAAAGAUUAUUAAACACAAUCUGAUCACAACCUGUUCUCUUUCAUUGUGCUUGCUUGGCUGUGCCUGUCUGGAAAUUCCCUGUCCUGUGCCACCCAUCAUCUCUUGACACCCAAGCCCCCAGCUGAGCCUUUCGCAUUCAGUCCUACCACCCAAAUGACCCCUGGGUCCCCUAAAAUACCAUCAGACCCCUGUCAUCUCGUCCAGUCCCUGGUGACUCUCCCCAACCUGGUUUUUCUCCACUCCUCUGAUAACUCUAAUUAGCUCCUCUUCACUGCAAAAGAGGAGCAGGAACGGGACAGGUGAAAAGCUCACUCUGGCAUGGGCAAAGCACUGGUAUUCCUUCCUGAACUUUGUCAAAUUCAAGUACAUCUGCCAAGACGUUGAUCCAUCUUCUCCCUUGUUAAACAUUGCAGUUGUUUGUAACAUUAGACUUUAGGCUGCCUGUUAAAUUUAUAAUUAUAGAAAAAGCUAGUGGCCUAAAUGAGAGUAAUUGGUAUGCUUCUUUUAGUAUGAAUUUCUUUUAAAAAAUCAUGCCAAAAGCCAUUUUAUUUUUCAAUUUUAGGAGCAAACUGCACAUUUGCCUUAAUGUGAGUCUUCACAUUGGAUUACGUGCUUAUCUUUUCAUAUCUAUAGGUGAAAUCUAUCCCAGUUAUUGAAAGUAAUUUUUCUUGUGGUCAGCUUCAUUGUUUUGUGUUAGUGUCUAUUAUAAAUAGAGCCUUAAAGUGAAAUAAUGCACUUUAAAAUACUUGUGCCAUUUAAGUAAUUCAACAGAAUUAAAGAAAAGGUUGCAUAUAUUUUGAUGGAGACAACAGAAUAACAGUAUUAGUAAAUAUAUGUCACCUGUAAAUUUGGGGAGGGGGGAGGAGAGGGUAGAAAUCAGAGCUGAAAAUUUAAAGCAAGUAAAACAUACCCGAAAAAAAUGUAGCUGAGUUUCCGAAAAUUACAGUAAUUCUAAAAAUUGAUAUCAGCUCAAACAUAACAAGUAAUUAAUGUUACCUUAGUAACCUAGCUGGAAUGUUUGUUUAAAAUAUUAAGUUAAUUUCUACCGCAUUUUAACUGCAUUUUCAUUUUUCAUGAAAUCUAUAAAAGGAAUUCCACUGGCUAGAAACACAGUAAAUCAAAACUAUCACCAACAGCCAGUUUGAGCAUGACUUUUUUAACAUUCUUAUAAUUUAAUUACGAUCUUCUUCCUCUGGAAAAUAAGUUGCAAAAUCCCAUUUUUAAUAUAUACAUCUACAAUUAUGUAAAAAAAACUGAAAUAACUUUAGAGAAGCAUUAAUACAUGGUCUGAACAAAAUCAGAGUUCCAAAAAUUGGGGUGUCUUCAGGAUUGUGAAAUGUUACCUUUUCAGUGCAAACCAACGAUGCAAAUCUUUAAAGGAGAAAUGCGGUAGAACUCAUUUAUAACUCUGGUUUUGAGGAUAGGGCUAAUACUCAUUUCAUAGCCAACUCUUAUGUGGGACUGCUACUGGACAUCCCUGUUCUGAGAGUAGUACUUUAGCUGACUUUAUCCAAAUCCAAGAAGCAGAGAGUCGCGUAGUGUGAGACUUGUAAUUAAUUGUCUGUUUGGGGCAUUAGCUGAAGCCGUCAUGUAUCACAUACUUUAGAUCCCCGUACAGAGUGCCAAGUGUAGAAGCAUGUAACUAUCUGUAUCAUGAACUGUAUUCUUUUUUUCACUAAAAUAGUGACUGUUUUGAGAAUAACAAUAUGACUUACAAGGUAAAAAAUUAUUUUUUUAAAUACACAAAAUAUUGCCACUGCCUUUUUUUUGGCCACUUUCUUUUGCCUUAAGAAAGAAAUUUCUUUAGGUAUAUUUAACUCCGUAUCACUUAGAUUAUACAGACUCAUUGGCAUAGAAAAUAUUUUGUUUUUCAAGUUUAUCCCACAUUUUUUUCACUUUUUUCAUCGAUACUAAAUGACUUUCUUCCCUGUUUUUGAAGUAAUGCUCAUGUACUUCAGCAUCCCGUUCCCGUUUUCUUUAGAUUUCCUAGUUAUCUUGCUUUUUCCCUCUUCUGUCCCCUUCCCAUCUUGGCCAGCUGUGGAUUAAAUUCCGUCUCACCAUUGACUCGUCGACUAAUGAAAUGAAAUUCAAAUACUGAAAGGACUCCAUAAUUUGGCUCUGGUAGUGAACAUCAUUUACCUUGGCUUACUUUGUAAAUUGAAAUGUGUGAGGAGUACCUGGUACACUGCCCCUCCUCUUGAUAGGAGUUGGAUUACCCUGCCCAGCCCCUCUGACAAGAAAUAAAAUGAAUGAGAAGAUAUCAGUUGGAUCAGAGAGCCUAAUAAUACUCUGAGACCAAGCUUCAGAAAUUGCUUCAUGAAUAUUGUAAAAUCAGUGUUGUGUUUGCCUAUUAGUUGGACAGAAAGCACGUGUGGAUAUUCAUCCAACCUGAUCCCAAAUCAUUCAUGAUUCAUCCAAAAUUGCCACAUGUCUGGUGUUCGAUCUUUGUGUCAGCAAAAAGUCCUACAGCUUGGACUUGGGGCUGGAUUUAUGUGGUGUAGCAUUUGUAUAUAAGAUUUGACCAUGGAUUCAUACUCUGUGAACAUUAUUAGACAUUUUGAUAAUAUAAAGUAGUAACGUUGAAUGUAACUGACAUUAGCCUUAUUCUAGAGAAACCAUCUGUCAUUUGCAAAUGUUCAACAUUUUCAGUGAUACCAUUUAGGCAUAAGUAACACUCAAGAUAUAUUUAGCAUAGGUUUGGUAUAUGAUAUGGAACAACCUAAGGGAAAGUCAAACUUGGGUGUUAAAGGGCCCCAGAAAUUGCUGAAAUAAUGUCAUUGCAGGUUUUUCCUUACAGCUGACAAACUGUGCUGUUGGUCUUCAGUUUCCUGGAAGGGGUUCACCACAUGCCCCAGGUAGGGAAAUAGUCUCAAUAAUCCAGUAAAUUCUCAAAAAUAAUAUCUUUUCAUUAACAUAUUCCUUCCUCUAUGUCCAAAUAUACUUUUACUGAUCCUUUCAAGUAAACACUAGCUAAAUAUUUUAUAUAUUUGAAUAUUUUUAGUUUAUAGAAAAUUAGCAUGCUUUAUAAAGAAAAUUCUAGAUAAAUCAUCAUGAGUUUUUAUCAGCUGACUAUAAGCCCCUUCCUUAAGGCCUUUUUUUUUUAACUUCCAUAUGACAAUACCUUAAUUUUGUUAUUUUUGAUCAUUUUCAUCAUAAUUAAAAUUCUGUAUUUGGCAUUGAAAAGAGUAGACCAACCUUAUAUUUCUUAUGACACCGAGAAGAGUAAUUGGUUUAUAGAUAUACAUUACCAUUUACCUUGACAAGAACAACUUAACAGAUUUUUAAUGUAAAAAUUAAUUGACAACCUUAUUGUUUAUUUGAAAUCAAUUAUUAAUAAGUAGUAAAUUCUGAGAGAUCAAAGAAAUAAUUUUGUGUAGAAGGAACACAAAAACAGUGUAAUUAAAACUUAACACAUUAUAAAGAAACCACAAUGGUUAGUUGUUUUGUUUUUAUUUUAAACAAAAUUUGGCAUAAGAUAUAUUCAUGAAACAGAUAUAUCUAUAUGUAUGUAUACCUGUUGCAAAACUGUGGGACAAUUAAAUGAUUCACGUUCUCUUUUUUCACAGAGUGUAAAAUGCUAAAAAGAAAUACAUUUGAGUGUUUAAUCUGUUAUUGCUGUAUAUUCAGAAAUUUUUUGUUUUCUGCAAAAUUUGUAACCAAUUUCCAAGUAAUAUAAAUUACAAUAUUUCUCAUGUUUAAAAUAAGCCUAGCUGAAAAGAGAUUUUCUUUUUUAAUGACAUUGGAAAAUAUGUACGUGAUUUUGUUUUUUAACUUUUUCUACAUUUCAUUGGCCAUACUAUUAACUUUGGUAUUCAUAAAACUAUGUAGAGGGAACUAUUUUGACUAUAUUUUUUAAAAAGAGGCAGUAGAAAUAAAAUGAGAAAAUAGAUGAUAAUAUUAUGUAGAAAUCUCUGAAAGAAAAUUGGAAAGGAAGAAACAAAUUCCAUUGGGUUGAAAAUGUUGGAAAAUAGGGAGUAUUCAAAGACUUUAACUUCUUACAUUGUUAGAGUAAUCAACUUAUUUCCAAAUGAUUAUUUCAUGCUGUUGGUUCCAUGAAUUGUGCUUUUAGUAUAAUUUAUAAUUUCCCCUACCAUUUUAGUGUUUAAAUACAUUAAUUACUGAAAAGAAAGGAAGGAAUUGAGGAAUAAAAGUCAGGGGAAACUGGGUUUAUUCCUAUUUUCCAAUAGCACUAAUGUAUACUUCUUUAACCUUCCAUAUGGUGCUUUGUGUGAUGAGAGUAUAUAACAUUUAUAUAUGUUAUUAGUGCCUUAUUUUUUUUUUCACUUGACUUUAUUUCUUACCUAAAGAGCCAUAUAUUUUUUGUGAGUGUUCCUUGGCCCCUAUAUUUAAAGUGCUGAUGAGACAGUGUAUCUUUAGAGGUAUAUAUAGGCUGCAUUUAACCCACUGUAUUAUCCCUGGAACAGCAGGUUAGCCAAUAUUUUUUUCUUAAAUUCGGUGUUUAUUUUUAAGCUAAAGAAUAAAAAAAAGGAUAUUAAACACCAUAAUGUGAAGCCAUUGUUAUUGAAAUGUACUUUUAAGCUGCAAAAAAGAGUGCUGAUCUUCAAAAUUUGAAAUGGAAGUUGGAAUGGCUGUCAGUCUUUUUAGCUCCAAUGAGGACAAAAUUACUUUACAAAAAGCAUUAAAAAUAACGGUAAAUAUAUGGACCUUCAAGAAUUUGAUCUGUUUCCUACAACUCGUCUUUAGCAAUAUGUUAUUUGUAACCCACCUCCACACAGAUGCUGAAGAACCAUGGUGUUUGCUAUUUACAUGUAAUUAUUUAUUCACAGUGGGCUUUAUCGAUACCAAGAUAUCUUGUACAAUGUUAUUUUGCUCUUCUUGGUCUUUGCCUUUUGUGUUAGCUUUAUAUAAAAAGUUGGGUUUGUUGUAUUGUUUAUGUACCAUAGUAUGUAAUUCAACUUUUCCUGAUGAAUGUAUGAUGAAUAAUUAAAAUAAAUCGUGUGCUUAGAAAAGACAAAGACACAGGUUGUAUAUGAAAAUAUGUGUACAUAUUUGACAAAGAAAAAAAGAGGAAAAGAAUCUUCCUGCCAACAGAUAUGUCCUGCUGGACGGGACCUGGAAAUUAACAGAUUUUUUUUUAAGCAGUGAAAUUUAAAAAUCUAUUACCUCAAGAAUUGUCCGUGGAUAUGUGUUGGUGUACUGCUCGUUGUUAGCAAAUACAAUCUCCCUUGCUGCUGGCAGUAAAAACAACCCAAGUGUCAGAUCACACAAAUUUUAGGGGCAAAUCUUUCAAAAGGUGGAUACCUUACGAUAUUCUGGAGUCUAAUUCUGGACUUUCGGUAUGUCCCUAUGGCCUUUUGUUGUGGUUGGGCUUUUUCUUUUUUUUUUUUUUAAUGUUUUUGGUUGGUUGUUUUAGAAUGGAAGGGUAAUCUUAACUGUGAGAUCAGAUCUCAUGGAAGGAUAUAAUGUCACUCUACUCGGAUGAAAACUGUAAUGGGAAUCAACUAUUUUUAUUGUCACUGUAUGAGCUAUUGUACGGAUUCCUGUGGAGUGCUGUUUACUCGCAUGAUGCGUGUGAUACAUCAUGCAACGUCAUCUAGCAAUGCCUAAUAAAAGUUUUUAAAAGAGAA